AUCGCGUGCUUAUAGCCACAAGCGCGAUGCCCGCCGCCGCCGAGCCAUCGCCGGUCUUGUUUGUCGACCACCUGGGCCCCCAGGUCCGCUCCGCCCACGUCGAGCAGCUCAUCUCCCAGUUUGGCGUCGUCGAGCGUGUGAUUCUGCUCAAGAAGAAGACUGGGCCGCAUGCCAAGGCGACGCAGUACGCGCUCGUGCAAAUGGAGUCGCUCGAGGAUGCGAUGGCCGCCCACGACGCGGUUGCAGCCCGUCCGCUGCGGCUCUACGGCCUCUCGAUCGCAGUCUCGUACUCCAAGAGCCAAGAGUUGAAUGCGGCGCGCACACGGAGUCGCAGCCGGUCGGCGUCGUCGGCCGCCAAGCUGGCGGCAGUCAGCGACGCACCAAGUCCUUUGAACGACAUGGCCCGCGACCCGAACGAGGCUGUGAACCGUAUUCUGCUCGUGACUGUGCAGAACCCGCUGUACCCGAUCACAACCGACUUGAUUGGUAAGAUCUUUAGCAUCUACGGCAUUGUGGAGAAGAUUGUCAUCUUUGCCAAACCCGUGGGGCUUCAGUGCCUCGUGCAAUUCUCGUUUGCCCACGACGCCGAGAACGCCAAAAACAAGCUGGACGGCGAAGCGAUUUACCCCGAAAGCUGCUACAUGAUCAUUAGCUACUCCAACCUCGCGGAACUCGUCGUGAAGGAAAACAGUCUCAAGACGCGCGACUAUACGAAUCCGACGCUGCCGGUGCCGGUGAUGGACACGGCGAUCAACGCGCCCCACGCCGCCAUGCUGCACUCGUUCAUUCCGUCCUCCGUAACGACAGCUGCAACACCGUCACCACCGACCGCAACGAGCCAUGCGACAAAAUCGUCGCGAACGCGAAGCACGAGCCACAGCGACCGGUCCAGCGCAAGCGCAGACGCCGCAAACACCGCAGAUCCUAUCGGGUCGCCUGUCGUGCUCGUGUGCAACCUCAAGCGGUCGCUGACAUGCGACCAAAUCUUCAACCUCUUUUCAUGCUAUGGCAACAUUACGCGGCUCAAGAAGCUCCAUGCCAAGCCCGACCAUGCGCUCAUCCAGUACGCGACCGAGACGGCGGCAGCGCUGGCGAUCACGCACCUUCGCAGCGUCGUGCUCGCCGGCCGCGCCAUGGACGUUCGCGCGUCCAAGCACCGAUCCAUUUCGCCGUCGCCCGACCAAGACGCGAACGCCAAGGAGUUCAACAGCACAUACAAUCGCUUCACGGGCAAGUACGCCAACUUUACAAAGCACAUUUACAGCCCGACGCGUGUGCUCCACCUCUCCAACUUUGGCGCGUCUUUGGACGACGAUGACCUGCAAGCGCACUUGCGUGCGCUCGGGUCCCUCGAGAAGGCCAAGUGCAAGACCUUUACCAACGCCAAGGGCCACCCGCAAGUGCUCCUCGAGUUUCCGUCGACGGAGCUUGCGAUCAACCUGCUGUCCUUCGCCCACAACUCGAUCUUUGACGGCCGCAUGCUCAAGAUUGCCUUUUCGCGCAGCAAUGUCAAUUAGCACACACACACACACAAGUCGUCUGACCUCCUCAAUCCAUCCCCACCCAUCC